AUGACGUCGUACCCGUGUGCAGUUUUCCCCGACGAAAUAGAUCCGUUCGUGGAAAGUAUUCGCCAGUACCAGGUGGCGGACGUUGGAAAUAAAGGCUGGAUAGAACAGCAUGAAGUAUUGCAAAAGCUCUGCCAGCAGGUUUUCAUCGAGGCGUCUACUAAGCAGGAAGAAAUCGUUAAGGAAAGGCUAAUCCUGGAAGGCAAAGUACCGCUUCUCAUACACGAGCUAUACUGCGUACAGGUGUGGCGUACGGAAGUGUUGCCACGCUUGCUAGAGCUAAAGAACCCCGAUGCCACUUUCGUACUUUAUAGCGUAAUUUACCAUGAAGCGAACAUCUGCUCGCUGCUAGAAACGAUCCUAUACCAUCGUACCAGCUGCGAGGCACUUGGUAGUUCCGCACUCGAUUUAAUAGACUAUUGUGCUCAAGCAAUCAGCCGAUUGAUUGGAUUGCUGGCGAAUGGAUACAAUGAUCGCGAGAAUGAUCCACCACCGGAAGAACUGUUGAACGAGUCUACCUCGGAGGAAAUUGUGCGUAUGGGACGCGGAAUGGAUUUCCGUAUUGGGGUAAAAUGUCUGGGGAUAGUGUCCUAUCUGGUUGAGGUUUUGGACCUGUUGCCACUUAGUACAUCUACACGGCUUGUGCGAGUUCAUGAUUUUCCCUGCCUGAUAGCGGAGAUACUUCACGCAAAGCCUUGGUUGCGUCGUAACCGUGAAGGAGUGUUUGAAAAAUAUCGUUACGCCAGCUGGUUACCGGCAUACGGCGAUGCAGUACUAAAGGUUACUGAAACCGAAGCCCAAACAUGGUUCUCUCUAUACCGAUUGUUAUUCAACCCGGAGCUUAUGAGAGACUACGAAAUCAACGGUUACCGACACCGGGAAAUUGGCAAGUGCGUUGGACUACUGAACGAACAGCUGUUGGAUCAAUUACCGGCGUUGAUUCCUUUGAAGCAGCAUCUCUGCACUUUGCAGCUCACGAAGGAGAACGUCUCCACUGGAUCAGCAUCCACAUCGUUGUUGCUAGAGGAACUGCCAGAAAUACGUGAAAAAUUGCUUCAAGCGGCACGUCGAAUCGGUUGGCAAAAAAUCGUGGAACAACAGCGCAAAAUUUUCAUUGAUCUCGAAGAUCACGAUGUAGUCGAGAUGGCAAAGCGUAUUGGUGCCGCUUACAAUACUGAUCUGCUGGAGAAGUACACUGAACAGGAGGAACAGUGUCGCAAACAGAGCGAAGCAAGAAGCCGUACCGAAGCGAAGGUGUGUGGAAAUUGCGGAGCAACCGCGGCUAAGAAAUGUUCCAACUGUUUGCUGGUCUUUUACUGCUCACGCGACUGUCAACUGAAGAACUGGCCCGAUCACAAAGAACUUUGCCGUCAACUGAAAUAAAAAAGCCGUGCCUUUCUCGGGAAACUUACACAGAGAAG